AUGUAUUCGCCAAUGACAUUGUUUGUUGCAGCCAGUGUGCUGAUAUCCAUCAUCACCGCUGUGCCUGUCCCGAUCAAUGGUGAUGCAUCUGCUCUAGGAAAACGGCAAAACAGGGGGGCUCAACAGGUGGGAUUAUCCCUUGCCGAGUUCAUUCCUAAUGCCGACGGCGAAUGCGCUGAUAUGACGAUUGUUUUCGCCCGCGGAACCACCGAGGCAGGCAAUGCCGGGACCGUUGUGGGGCCACCGUUCCUCCAAGCCAUCCGGCAGCUAGCCAAAGGCCGUAGUGUCAACAUGCAGGGCGUCAACUACCCUGCCAACAUGGCCGGCAUCAUGGCCGGCGGCGAUCGGCAAGGUUCCGCAAAAAUGGCAAACAUAGUCAAAUCCCUGGCAGCCGAAUGCCCCGACACCGGCAUUGUUAUCUCGGGCUACUCUCAGGGCGCCAUGCUCAUGCACAACGCCGCGGCCCAGCUGGACCCGGAGACGGCCUCGCACAUCACGGCGGCCGUCUCGUUCGGCGACCCUUACAGACGCAGACCCGUGAAGGGCGUGGAUCAGUCGAGGACGCUGGUCGUGUGUCACCAGGGCGACAACGUCUGCCAGGGCGGCGGCAUGAUCCUCCCGGCGCAUCUUACGUACGGGCAGGACGUCGGGCGGGCGGCCGCCUUCGUCAUGCGAGCGGCAGCAGCUACCAAGGGCGCCGCGGCUGGCCAGGGCGCUGAACGUGCCCAGAACUCCGAGGCUUCGCCCCGCUCUGGAGGCUCCGGAGGCUCGCCGCGUACUGGGGGCUCUGGAGGCUCGCCACGCGCGGGAGGCUCGCCGCGCGCGGGGGGUUCACUGGGCGGCGGAGGUUUGCCGCGCACUGGAGGUUCACUGGGUGGCGGAGGUAUACAGGGCACUGGAGGCUUAUCUGGUGCCGGAGGUCUACCACGCACUGGAGGCUCGCCACGCACUGGAGGUCAAUCAGGGGCCGGAGGUUUACCGCGCCCUGGAGCUGCACCGGGUGGUGCAGGCUCACCAGGCGGCGGAGGUCCGUUAGGCGGUGGAGGCCCACCGGCUGAUGCAGGUUCACCAGGCGGCGGAGGUCCACCAGGCCCUGGAGGUCCAUCGGCUGGUGCAGGUCCAUUAGGCGGUGGAGGUCCACCGGGCCCUGGAGGUCCACCGGCUGGUGCAGGCUCACCAGGCGGCGGAGAUCCACUGGCUGGUGCAGGCUCACCGGACAGUGGAGAUACACCGGCUAGUACAGGUUCACCGGGCGGCAGCGUCGAAGGCCCAUUAGACGCCCGUUCAUCCGGCGGCGGAGGUUUAUUAGGUGGUGCGGGUUUGUCGGGUCCCGCAGCCUUAUCGGGCGGCGGAGGCUUACUGAGUGGCGGACUACCGGGUGGUGGAGGUUUAUUGGGCGGGGGAGGUUUGCCGGGUGGCGGAGGUUUAUUGAGCGGGAGCGGCUUGUCAAGUGGCGCAGGUUUAUUAAGCGGGAGCGGCUUAUCAAGUGGCGGAGGUUUAUUGAGCGGGAGCGGUUUGGGACUUGCUGGGCGGAGGAGCUCUGCCGGGUGCCGGGGGUUUACUGAGUGGCGGAGGUUUGUUGAGCGGGAGCGGCUUGUCAAGUGGCGGAGGUCUAUUAAGCGGGAGCGGUUUGUCAAGUGGUGCAGGUUUAUUGAGCGGGAGCGGUUUGUCGGGUGGCGGAGGUUUAUUGAGUGGGAGCGGCUUGUCAAGUGGCGGAGGUCUAUUAAGCGGGAGCGGUUUGUCAAGUGGUGCAGGUUUAUUGAGCGGGAGCGGUUUGUCGGGUGGCGGAGGUUUAUUGAGUGGGAGCGGCUUGUCAAGUGGCGGAGGUCUAUUAAGCGGGAGCGGUUUGUCAAGUGGUGCAGGUUUAUUGAGCGGGAGCGGUUUGUCGGGUGGCGGAGGUUUAUUGAGCGGGAGCGGUUUGUCGGGUGGCGGAGGUUUCCCGGGCCUCGGAGCGCUCCGGAGCACUGGUGA